AUGCCAAGUAGAGAAGAAAUGGUCAAAACGAUUGAGAGUCUUCAAAAGGCCCAAAAAGCUCAAUCCAAGGCCAAUGACUUGAAAUCUAGAGCCAUGGCACUUACCGACUCAAAGCAACGGGAGAAGUUGUUGAAGGAGGCCUUUGACAAGGAGGUGGAAGCCCACGGGCAUAGCAAGAUGGCGAGACGACUGCAAAGUGGCACCUGGCAGGGUUUUGGAUUUGGAGGAGGAAUUGGUGCCGCUACUGGAUUGGGCCUCGGUGCCGGAGUGGGAACGGUGUUGGGUGCUAUUGCAGCAGUUCCAACAACGGGAUUGGGUAUGUUGAUCGGAACCGGCGUCGGUGCUAUCCAUGGACCGUGGGUAAAGCUGGGUGGGAAAGAGGAGAAGUUUGAGGACGCUGAUCCCGAAAAGGUGGCCGAGGCCUUAGAACAGGAGGUCAGCCAACAAAACAACUCCGAGGUUGAGCAGAAAGCAAUCGCAGCAGCAUCGGAGACAGACACGCCGGAGGACAAGGAGAGAAGGGACGAGAGACCACGAAGAAAGCCGCCAAAGCUGGAAAUUAGGUCGAAGAGGCCCACUAAACCCGACGAACAACCCCAGACAGAAGUCAACCUGACACAAAGCAUCCAGGAAGAGUCGAAACCAAGGCGGAAGCCAAAAAAACUAGAGAUACGGUCCAAGAAUGGCAGUACAGAAAGCCCAUCUGAACUCUAG